UUAAUGGUGACGUCAUAGAAAAAACGUGCAAGAGGAAAGAGAUUUUUUGCAACAGUUUUCCACGAUGGCUGAGUCGUUGAUGGGAAGCGAUGAUUCAGCUGAUGAGGCACCACAGUUCACUGAGGAAGAGAUCGAAGAAGCCUGGUGGACUGACUUUACCACUUCGGAUUUCUGGACAGAUGAGGACAAUGUUGACAUGCUCCAGGCGAUUCUAGAUUUGAAAUAUAAUGACUAUCCUGGGAGUGAGUUAGAAGCAGAUGUUGAAUAUUUCAGUAAUCCCAGACUUGUGGUCUAUUGCUUGGUUUGUAGUAAUGUGGAACUUAGGUCCUACAAACAUUUUAGUACUCAUGUUGAUGGAAAACCACACAAGAAGAAGGCUGCUAAGUCGGUGUAUGAAGACACAUGCAGUACUGUCAAAAGGUUAUCCCUGCUUCCAAUUUCCAAAGCUAGAAUGACGUAUGCAGAAGGCACUUUAGAAUACGAACUUCAAAGAUCUAGUGUUCCUGCUAUUGGCAUGGGAUUUGUAUUUAAAGAAAAGUACAGAGGGAAAAUAGUGUACUCCUGCCAGCUCUGUUCAGAAGCCCGUCUUGACCAUGAUGACAUGUUUAAACAUUUGACGUGUAGCAGCCAUGCCAUGGAAUACAUUUUUGUAAAAUUUCAGAAAAAUGUAUCACUAGCAAACCUGCCAGUAGAAAGGUCCCGUGUAUAUGAAUGUGAGGGAGGUGUCAAUUUCAGUAUUGUGGAUUUCAGCAGCCAUUUACCAUCAAAAUUGCAAGAAGCAAGCAAGAGCAGCUCAACACUUAGCCCAACGAGGGUUAGUCGACUCUCACUAAAGGACAGGAGGUAAAAAAACAAUUAAGGAUGGGAUACAAGUGCCUUUUGGAAGACAGGAAUUACAUUUAUAUUUUAUUAAUACUUAUUCAUUAUUAUUAUUAUAUACCUUCCUUGAGUGUAAUGUGAUAUAUUGAUUUGUUUAAAUAAUUCAUGAGGCACUUAUAGUUCUCUGCCCCUGAUUUUAGGAUUUAUUAUGCUGUAAAUUGCUUUUAGUUUUCACUCAUAAAGGAAAAGGUUUUUGUUUGAAUGGAAUGCAUUAUUUUAAUCCAAUGUUGUGAAUAUGUAUUCACAGUAUUUUUGUGUUGUGAAAUGUAUACAUAUAGAUGGCUCUGCAAGUGUUCAGCCACCAAGGAGUUGAAUAGCAGGCUUCAGUUAGUCACCUGAUUCACUUUUUGCUUGCCAUUUGGUUUUGUUUCUUUCUUAUUGGUCUUAAUGUUUUAUUUUUGUUAACAUUAUUAUAAUGUUAUUAUGAUACUUAUUGCAUUAUAAGAUAAGAAAUAAUAUUUUCAGAAAUCAGUGAAAAUGUAAAACAAGUGAGAUAGGUAUUGCUAGUGAUUGGCCCCUUACUGACUAAGCACUUAUGGAAUCACCUAUGUGUAAGUAUAAUAACUAAACAAAAGUUGUAUUUAGUAGUCCAUACGUGCUAUUCCCAGUGUUGUUUAGUUAAAGGUUAAAGCUUAUAGAUUUAAUUUCUCAGUUUGUAUUUUCUUUGCUAUUCUUCAAAUUAUGCUUUUUUAAUAUGCAUUCAGUUUUUUCAUUUUAUGCUACUGGAGAAGUGAGAAAAGUAAAUAGUUAGAUCCAUUGAAAAACCUUCAUGCAUGAGGGGGUGAUUGUAUUUUCCUUAUAUAUGAUGUCAUUGCUUUUCCCUACUUAUUUUUACAUUACUUUGUGAAAGCUUGGGUCUGUUCAUAUCAUUGUCUAAAUGAUAGGAUACAGUAUAUGCUUUUCUAAUAUUAAAAUUAAUUUAUGAGCUCUGUCACAAUGAGAUAAAAUAUCUGUGAAUUGUGAAUAUAUAAGAGUUGAAUUGUAUUUUUUUGUUAUUCACAGUAUUGGCUCAUAUAAACUUAUUUUUUGUACUGAAAGUGAGAAGCAGUGAAUGUUCUCUCUGAUUUUUUGUUUAAAUAACUAUGGUGAUAAAAUAAGUAGCUAUUUUUUUACAUCAGCAUUAUUAUUAUCAUUAUUAUAACAGUAGCUCUGCAAUCUCUCUGUCAUUGUUAAGGAAUUUCAAAAUACUUUGUAUCACAACAAAAUGUUUGGGUUUCUCACUUUUCAAAGACCAUUCAUAACUUUGUUUCCAAUGUAAUCUGUCUGUUUAUGUAUUAUUACACCUGCUUAAAGUUGUCCUAAGGUACUAGGACAGUGAGUAUUUGUGUGUUAUCUUCUUGUUUUUGGAUAAUCUGCAUGCCAAUUUUCAUGAAAGGAAUACUGUUGCAAUUAGCAUGAUUAUCAUAAAUUCAGAUAUAAAUGAAAUAUGAACAGCCAAGUAUAACUGUAAUGCUGCAAAAGAUACUAGGUGUAUUUUUUUUCUUAAUUGAUAUUUGUGGAUUGA